AUGAGUGUGUUGUCACCCCUUUUUAUUCAAAGGCUACAUUUUUUUACCGUUCCAAACUUCAAAGCCUUGCGCUUUGUUAAUGGGCGAUUCCUUUCGGCAGUCGCAUCUGACUUUCAACCAUCUUCAAAUAAAAAUGAGGAAAAUUCUGAAUCUAAGUCCAAUAAGGAGUCGGGUUCAUGGUCUGGAAAAAACGCAUGGAAGUUGGGUGCCUUAAGUAUCGCAGCCUCUGCAGCAUUUGCAGCUGGUUGUGGAAUUGCUGUUUGGGGACCACCUGGCAGAGAUGAGAAUGAUGUCGAGAUAAAGGAUGAAUUCUCUGAUCUCCCAAGAUGGCGUGGGUACGUUUGUCGAGCAUGGCAAACAAUGUGGGAUUUUAAUCAGAGCAUUCGAGACCCCAUAAGUGAAAAGCUUCUCCCAGACCCAGUCGAGCCUCCUUAUUAUCAACCGCCGUAUACUAUUGUUUUAGAGAUAAAUGACGUACUGGUGCAUCCGGAUUGGAAGUUCAGAUCCGGUUGGCGUUUCAAAAAAAGACCUGCUUUGGAACUGUUUUUACAGCAACUUUCUCCUUUUUAUGAAGUUGUGGCUUUCACACAAGAUUCUGCAAUGACUGGAAUGCCGGUAUUGGCGCAAAUCGAUUCAAAGGGGCAAUACAUCCACUACCGUCUUUUCCGCGAAUCGACCCGCUAUCGCAAGGGGAAGCAUAUAAAAGAUCUUUCUUGUUUGAAUCGAGAUCUCUCUCGGGUAAUCUUGGUCGACUGGAAUCCUGAUGCUGCUUCCAUGCAACCACGUAACGCCUUCAUCAUUAAUCGCUGGACUGGGGAUGAAUCAGAUCGAGAGCUCAUUGAUUUAGUUGCUUUCCUCCGAAUGAUCGCCAUGAGUGGAGUGAAGGAUGUGCGUCCUGUGCUGGACCACUACCGCCAGUUUGACAAUCCACUUGCUGCUUUUAAGGAGAAACACGAGCAGCUCAUGGAGGCCCAGGCGCGAAAGAAGGAGCAGGAAAGGAUGGCUGCAAAGAAGAAGUCGUUUGGCUUCAACUCAUUCAGUGGUUUUCGUCGGUGA